AUGAAACUCGCCGCUUUUUUCCCUUUAUUUUUAAAUUUUUUACCAUGCGUCCCUUACAAAGUUCUUGUAUUCAACCCGGCUUUCGGAGCCAGUCACUCGAAUUAUCUGGGAAAAAUAUCCGAUAUUCUUAUUGAUGCCGGUCACGAGGUGACAAUGCUUAUACCAACAUUUAUGGAAGCGAAAAAAGAAUUGGUUGGCUCGAAAAAAGUGACGAAAAACAAAAUUAUAAGAAUCGAGCAAGACUCGAAAUGUCGAAAGAUGGAAGAAGAGUCAAAAUUCGAAGAAAUUAUGAGGAAAACAGUUUGGACGGAUAGUGGGGAUGCUGCUUCUCUUUUCUUAAGUUGGAUAAAAAACUUCACAAUUCUCAGUGGGUGGCAGUGUGCAAACAUUUUUCAACAAACCACCAUAUUGGAAAACCUGAAAAACGAGAAUUUCGACCUAGGAAUCACCGAGGCUCUUUCAAUUUGUGGUUUUCCCUUAUUCGAUCACAUCGGUGUAAAAACCAUCAUAAAUGCGGACUCACUUCUCCAUCUAGACAUUGUCAAAUACGCUCACGGUGAACCGGCUUCUACUAGCUUCUUCCCUGGUGUGUUCUCCACUGAUUCGGAUAAAAUGAGUUUUUUUGGAAGACUCAAGAACCUUAUUGGUUUAUCGUUCCCUUGGUACUUCUCGUGGGCCAGAUUUCAAAGUGAACUUGAAGCUAUUAAACCUUACUACAAGAAAUCACUGACCUGGCAGGAGCAUCUCAACAGUGCAGCUUUUAAUUUCGUGAAUUCCAAUCAAUUCUUGGAUUAUCCUCGUCCAACACUACCCAAAACAGUCUUCAUCGGUGGAAUGCAAGUGGGAACCAAAAGCAAUGAAAACUUGAAAUUAGACAAUGAAUGGAAUGACCUUCUCAACACUAGAAAGCAAAACAUUCUGGUUUCUUUUGGAUCUCUUGCAUUUUCCUCUGAAAUGCCUGAUGAGUUUAAGAACUCGCUGCUGGAAGUAUUUACAUCGAUGCCCGAUGUCACUUUCAUAUGGAAGUAUGAAGAAGAAAAUGACACGUUGGCGGAUCAUUUGCCAAAUGUGAAAUUGACGACGUGGAUGCCACAGAAUGCGUUAUUGGCCGAUGACAGAUUGACCUUGUUCAUCACACACGGUGGUCUUGGCAGCACUUUUGAACUUGCUUAUCAAGGAAAGCCAGCGGUCGUUAUCCCCCUCACUGGCGACCAACCACGAAACGCACACAUGCUGACUAGACAUGGCGGAGCUCUCCAACUUGAUAAAUCUCAACUGGCGAAACCCGAAGACAUCCGGAAUGCUAUUCAGACAGUGAUCAAUGACGAAAGCUACAAGAAAAACGCGGAAAAGUUGGCUGAAAUUUUGAGAUCCUUGCCAAAUCAACCGAAAGAUGCUGUUUUGAAGCAUUGUGAAUUUGCCGUGAAGUUUGGAAACUUGGAAACUUUGAAAUCGGAGGGAAGGAAUCUGAACUUUGUUCAGUAUUAUUCGAUUGAUAUUUUAGUCGUUGUGGUUUCUCUACUUUUAGCAUUGUUGGCUAUCAUAUUUUGCAUUUUUCGAUUUAUCUUCAGAAAAUUGUGCAAGUUGUUCUUCGGUGGUAAAAGUAAGUUGGAAUAA